AUGUGGAGUGAUACAAUGGCGCUUGGGCACGGCUCAUGUGACCAGGGGAACACAAGUCCUUCUCUGAAGAAUGGGGUAGAAGCUGGUACACAAGCUGUAGCUCCACCCAUAAGGAAGACUCGGUCCUGCAAGUGUCUCCUGGCCUUCUUCACCAUUCUCAUAGUCAUCCUCAUUGUCGCAGGAGCCGCACUGGCCUGGUACUUCCUGGAGUACAGGGUUUGGGCGUUGGAGCCCCGAGUCCAGCAGCAGUACACGGCCUACCUGUCCAUCCUCAACAGGACCUUUUCUGCUGAUCUGUCCUCUCACACCAGCCCUGCAUUCAGGAAAGAGGCCAAAGGAGUAAGCACCAUGGUAGAGAAGAUAAUGAAAAGCUCGAGUCUUUCUCGAUACUUCAACCACACCACUGUCUUUGCUUUUGGGGAAGGGAGCAUUGUGGCUCACUUCUGGAUAGUGAUGUCUGUGCCAGGCAGCCAUGUUGGGAGGGUCACACUGAAGAAGGUCACCACAAGCCUGGAGGACGGCCUCAGGGGGUACAGAGGAUCAGAGGAGGAGGUGAUGGCCAGCUUUGAUGGAUACCUCUUCCACCUCCCCUCACUGUCUGUCAGUGAAGCUGAUUCCAAAGUUAGAGAAAUUUUGAAAGCUACAUUUGACUGUUACCGCUAUCAGAAGGUGGUGUCUAGAAGCCCCUCAGCUCUCCGUGGCCCCAGCACAGAGCAUUCCUCCUGCCUGUGGCACCUCCAGGCCGACCCAGGCUCCCAGCUGGAGCUCCACAUGGAGUGGUUGCUGCCGGAGUGCCAGGACAGGCUGGCCGUGUACAACUCCCUCACCCCCACCGAUGCUCACCUCAUCACAUCUGUGUACGGCUGCAGCAGACAUGAGCGUGUGGUCAGUGUCCUGUCUUCAGGCGAGUGGAUGACGGUGGUUUGGAAACAGGGUCUGUAUAACUACAAGGACCCCUUCUCUUUGUCUGCACAGGCCUGGGACCGCCAGGACUGUAACUCCACCAUAGAGCUGAAGGCAGUAUCAGGGGUCCAAGGGACACUGAGGACGCCUUUUUUCCCAAGCUACUACCCCCCUGACACAAAUUGUACAUGGAACUUUAUUAUGUCCAGUGCAGAGAUGGGCCUGUCUCUGGAGUUUGAGGGCUACGAGCUGAGCAGAGCCAGCUACAACCAAGCCUGCACCCAGGGACAGUGGAUCAUCCAGAACCGCAGACUGUGUGGUUCCAGGGGUCUGCAGCCCUACAGCGAACGCCUCUUCCUGCGCUCCAUGACAGCAACUGUUUUCAUGACGUCCGAGGUGUCACUCACAGGGCCGGGCCUUCAGCUGCACUACAGCGUCUUCAACCUAACAGAUCCUUGCCCAGGCCAGUUUCUGUGUACCAUUAAUGGCCUGUGUGUUCCUGCCUGUGAUGGAAUCAAGGACUGUCCCAAUGGGCUUGAUGAGAGAAACUGUGUGUGUGUGGCUCAGUACCAGUGUCCAGAGGACAGUCAUUGUGUGGACUACUACAAGGUGUGUGAUGAACACCCGGACUGCCCUAACGCCACGGAUGAGAUGAACUGUACUAAUGGGGUGCAGUGCACAGAUAUGACCUAUGUGUGUGCUGAUGGGACGUGUCUGAAGAAGCCCAACCCGGAGUGUGACUCUGUCAGUGACUGCCCGGACGCCUCGGAUGAAAAACAGUGUGAUUGUGGCCUGAGGCAGUUCUCCAGUCGCAUAGUUGGGGGGACCAACGCUUCAGAGGGGGAGUGGCCAUGGCAGGCCAGCCUGCAGGUGCGUGGUACCCACAUCUGUGGGGGGGCACUGAUCUCCAGCCAGUGGGUGGUGUCUGCCGCCCACUGUUUCUAUGACGACCGUCUUUACUCCCCCUCAAUGUGGACAGUCUAUCUGGGUAAACUUCUCCUCAGCCGCAGCAGCCCCACAGAGGAGGUGGCACGGGUUCAGCAGAUCCAUCUUCACCAAUAUUAUGACAACGAGUCCCACGACUAUGACCUGGCCCUCCUGAAGCUGGACCGGUCCGCGUCCGCAGUGCUGGCUGGACAUGCUCGACCCGCCUGCCUGCCCCCGCCUACCCACCAGCUAGAGCCUGGCCUGCUCUGCUGGGUCACUGGCUGGGGGGCUCUCCGUGAAGGGGGCAGUGCCAGUAAUGUGCUUCAGAAGGUGGAUGUUCGCCUGGUCAGUGAGGAAGCCUGUGUUCGCUCCUACGGCCACCUGGUCACUCCCAGAAUGCUUUGCGCUGGUUACCAAAGUGGGGACAAAGAUGCCUGUCAGGGAGACUCUGGUGGGCCCCUGGUUUGCCAGAAGCCAUCGGGUCGCUGGUUCCUGGCCGGGGUAGUGAGCUGGGGCAAAGGCUGCGGUCGUCCAGACUACUAUGGCGUCUACACUCGCAUCACCAGACUCACCGACUGGAUCAAGAAUGUCAUCAACACCCCCUGAGACACUGAGGUUCAAUGAUCAUCCCUGCAUCAAUAUUCUCUUCAUCCCAGUGCAAAUGAAAACAUUAUCCACAUGAGCAUAAAAAGCACUGGCAGAUGAUCUUAUAAAUCCAGCAUACAGUAAAAAAGAACAUGCCUAAACCCUCAGUUUUCAGAUCACAAAAGUACUGAAAUGUAAUGAUAAUGCAUAAUGAAAGUUUGAGGUGCUUUGCAAAAGCUAAUGUAAUCCUUUGUUUGAUCAUUUACUCUUUUACAGACUGGAUCAUCUAUAUUUCAAAGACUUAUAGACUCUUUUUCCCAUAGUAAAACAUGAUUCUGUUUUAAAAUCAAGUUUGCAAUGUACUGUGUUUUAGGGCAUUGUUGGCUGGAAGUGAAUAUGAAAUACAGCAAGAUGAGUGCAGGCAUGCUGUACGUAGCCAGCAGUGAUUCAAGCUAAAUGCUAAUGUUAGCGUGCCAACAUGUUCAAAAUCACUAAUCACAAACAUGCCAAUGUUUCACAGGUGUUUAAUAUAUACCAUGUUCCCCAUCUUAGUUUAGCAUGUUAGCAUGCUAACCUUUGCUAAUUAGCACUAAGUGUAGCUCAGCUAAGGCUGAUAGAAAUGUCCUUAGUUUUGUAGUACUGAAUUAAUAAAUUAAAAUGGCACUAGGUAGUUUUCAGUGGCACUAGAUGACAUGUUGAGGGAUCAUCAAUGUUAGUUUAUCCUGGAAUGAAUGUCUGUUCCAAAUGUCAUGGCAAUCCAUCUGACAAGAUGCUGACACAUGUCACUAAAAAUGCUAGUCAGUCAGUAGGAUGCA